AUGUCUAAACAACAUUCUCCGUCGCAAAACACACUUAAGAACCCAGAGUCUUUCAACGUUAUGAAGCUACAAGUUAAUGAAACUUUGCCGAGUCGAGCGCAAUCGGACUCGAAUUUGAAUAUUACGCAGCGUAACAGCAGCAAACGCCUACGCCGAGGCAGCAUUGAGAUAUCUACCGAGUCUGUCGAGGACAAUUCUUCGCUGCGAGAAUUGAUCGCUGCCCAGAAUGUUAAGCUCGAAUUAAUUAUGUCAUCUAUGAAAACAAUGCAGGAUCAAAUGAAUGGCGUCCUACAAUCGACAGAGUUUAUAUCCGCUAAAUAUGAGGAGGUGUUGGAGAAAGUUAGUAAUCUGGAAAGAGAAAACACCGUACAGAGGUCUACCAUUGUUAUGCUGGAAAACGAGGUCGAACUGAUGAAACGGAAGUCACUUUCGUCAACCAUCGAAAUACGAAAUUUUCCCAGGACCUCAUCAGAAAACAAACAAACACUCUGCGAGGCAGUGCAGCGGGUUGGAUCAGUAAUUUCUCAGCCCAUUCAUGAAAACGAUAUUCGUGACAUUUUCCGAGUCAAAUCAAAAAACAAGGAACAUACCCCUAUAGUUGUUGAGUUGAGCUCUGUGUCUUUGAAGGAGUCUGUAAUCCGUGGGGUAAAAUCCUUUAAUAAACAGAAUAAGGACUCCAAAUUAAACUCAAAACACCUGCUCCUGGAGGGACCCGAACGCUCAGUAUUUGUUAGUGAGGCGCUGACAAGCAGGGCCAAGAGGCUUUUUCACUUAGCGAGAGAAUUCGCGAAACAAAAUAAUUUUGCUCGGUAUUGGGUAUCAUACGGGCGAAUCUACCUGCGACGGAAUGAUAACUCGCCGGUAGUGAUGGUGGACUCUGAGGGCACGCUGGCUAACCUAAAGUGA